UGGCAGAGCAUGAACCCAGAUCUGUGCAUGUGUGCUUCACAUUUACGUGUCUGUUUUACAAGAUUAUACUAGCAGCUACAUACAAAGCAAAAGAAAUGGAAUUACCAAAAUAUUUGGAACCAAGGUAUAAAAAUGACAUACAGAAAUCACUGAAAGACACUGUGACUGCUCUUAAUUGCCUUGCCCAUGCCAUUUCGGAGAAUAAAAACGGGUCUGCAUCCGAAGCAAUAACUAAAGUCCGUGGCUUGAUAAAGGAUGCAGCAUACGAUGCUUGUCAGGCUGCUGAACGUUCAUACGACUUUCUAACAGAAAUACAGGACGCAAAUGAGCAGCUAUUAUUAAAAAAGAAAACAUCCGAUUAUCUUAACGAACUUGAAAGUAAUUUGUUAGAUCUAAUCACGCGUUUGAAGACCAGCAUUGAAAUGGAAGGAGGAAGUCUAGAUUCAUUAAAAAAUGCAGAAUCGCGUCUGCAAGAAGCUAAGCAGGAGCUGGUAUCUGCUCAGUGCAGUUAUGAGCGUGAGAAAACAGUGACGGGUGAUGAUUUUUUCGUGAGAGCGGUGGGUACUUUUCUAGAAGCUAAGCAGAAGCUGGUAUCUGCUCAGUGCAGUUAUGAGCGUGAGAAAACAGUGACGGAUGAUGGUUUUGUCGUGACAGUGGCGGGUGUUUUGCAAGAAUCUAAGCAGAAGCUGGCAUCCGCUCAGUGCAGUUAUGAGCGUGAGAAAACAGUGACGGAUGAUGAUUUUGUCGUGACAGUGGCGGGUGUUUUGCAAGAAUCUAAGCAGAAGCUGGCAUCCGCUCAGUGCAGUUAUGAGCGUGAGAAAACAGUGACGGAUGAUGAUUUUGUCGUGACAGUGGCGGGUGUUUUGCAAGAAUCUAAGCAGAAGCUGGCAUCCGCUCAGUGCAGUUAUGAGCGUGAGAAAACAGUGACGGAUGAUGAUUUUGUCGUGACAGUGGUGGGUGCUUUGCAAGAAGCUAAGCAGAAGCUGGCAUCUGCUCAGUGCAGUUAUGAGCGUGAGAAAACAGUGACGGAUGAUGGCCUUGUCGUGACAGUGGUGGGUGCUUUGCCAUUCAUAAGAACAAUGCCUGGAAUACUAGGUGCAAUUAUGCGGAACAUUGAACAAGAAGACCUGGAUGAUGCCGUAAUGACAUCACUUGAAGCCCAGCAAACAGUGAAUGCCUGCUAUGAUAAAAUCAUGCAGUACAGUGAUGAAUGCUCACAUUUCAAAAAAGAAAUUGAGGAAACAAAUAAUCAUAUUAGUAGCCUUGAAAGACUACAACAAAUUAUUAAAGAGGAUCUGAAUAACAUGGAAGAAAACCUAGGAAUAUUGGCAGCCAUACAAGAAAAAAUUAAGCACUGUACACAUUUUCUUAAUAUACUAAAGGGAAGAGUUGCAGUUCUUAAUAUCACUUCAAAGAAUGUCAUUUGCUGGGAGGUAGUUAUCCAAAAUAUGGAAGAAAUAGCCAAACACUUGCUCCAAGCACAUGGAGACACGGCUGGCAAAAAGUAUCGACUGCUUUACCAGCCAGAAAUCAUGAAUAUGAUUCAGGAAAUAAAUCAGUUAGUUCUAGAGUAAAAGCCAUCUUG